GUUGAUUCACAGUUUCUAAAACUUGUCAAGUUUUCGGUUGAUGCAUAUCCCAUUCUGUUGGAUGUUCGAAAUUUUACCUUAGGAGAGAACGUUUAAGUUUGAAAUGGAUAAAUUACUGUAUUUGGGUUUAAGUUUUGGUUUAGCAUUAAAUUUAGAAAUUGUUUUCGUGAAAGCCACUAUUACAGAAAGUCCGAGUUUGUUGAACAAUGAAGGACUUCCAAGACCCAAUGCCGUUCAGAUGCCAUCAUGGAUUAAAUGUAUGCGGUUACCAUCCAUGAUUAAUGCAACGCGUCAAAACCUAGCACUCGGUUCAUUACACUGGUGUAGUAAUGUGGACCUUAUUUUACCCUGUUUAGAAGAGGGUUUACUACAAACAGCCCAGAACAACCCAUUAGAUUUCUUUGCUUCUUUAAAUAAAUCACCUGGCAGUUUAAAACAGAGAAGCGAUGAAUUAUGUUCAACGAAUCCCGAGUACACGGAAGAUUUGAACUGUGCUAGGAAUAGAAGUGAAAUAGGAAUGGCGGAAUGUUCAAUGCAAUUUAAACAAUCGGUGGACUAUUUAUAUUUUAUCAGAAAUAUGCAGGAUAUAACGGAAGAGAUGUUGAUAACUAUGGCUUGCGACAUAACAUCAGAAACUAGUAGAUGUAUGAAUCGAGAAUAUUCAUCGUGUUCUGUAGAAACCAGACAAUUUCUUCUAGGGUAUUACGGUUUGUUUACAAAUACAGAAUGUGUUUAUAAUGCCAGCUUACCUGACGAACCACCUAGAUUACCAACACCCGUGGAAGAAACUAUUUUAAUGAAAUGCGGUCUUGAGGCCUCGUUAUCAGUAAACAUGAGUUCACGUCCACCUCUAAACUCGACGGUUCAAGCUGUUAUUAUCACGGUACUAUUAGAAGAUUGUAGAUUGUACCGACAAAGAUUUCAGUGUUUUGAAAGAGAAUUCCCGGCAGCUACCACAUUCUUAGAUGUUUGGCAGAAACAGACAUUUAAUUUGGAGCGAGCCAUAGCAGCAAAUGAUCGGUUCUGUGCCAAUACCAAUGAAUUUGUUUCUAAGCUGACAUCGUCGUGUGUUAAUAGUUUCGAUCGGUUACUACAAGUAUGUGAACGAGCAUAUGGGGUACGAAUCGGGACAGCAGAGCUUAAUUACAAAGAAGAUAACACCAGCUUUGAUCUUAAACAAGAAGCUUGCAAUGCAUCUGUAGAACGUGUGAAAUGUUUAAAGGAGGCGAUUAAGACUUGUGGUGACUAUGAAACUGAUGAAUACAGUACAAGUCAGUAUGAAAUGUUACCAGACUUCUGUCUUCAACAAACCAGUACUCAGUCGAUUAAUGACGACACGGAAUCCUUACCAAAUACCACCGGAAGAACCGUGGUGACAGCACGGCCUGUUGAAACAGCUGUGGAUAGCACAACACGUCCUGAUCAACGGGGAGAGGUAACAGACGGACCUAGUUCCGUGAUGCAACCGGAAACCACCAAUAGCCCAAGCUUAUCUGACGUUACGAAACAAGUACCCCAAGACGAAUAUACACAAAAACAACCCGAUACUACAACAUCACCAGUAUCCAUUGACGUUACGAAACAACUACCCCAAGAUAAAUAUAAACAAAGGCUACCUGAUACUACAACAUUACCAAUAUCCACAACCGAACGUCCAAUCGACUCCACCAAGCAGUCCAAGCCAACAACAUUACCAGCAAAAGCAGCUGUUCUCGGAAGAACCAACGACAAAAAUGCAGCUACUUCUCCAACACUGGCGUUGGUGUUAAUGAUUAUGUCAUAUUUUGUUCACACCCUUUAGAAACAUUCUAAUAGUCACAGCUGUAUUCAUAGAAAAGUUUAAUUAAAUGUGUGUUCGUGAUCGGGAAAUACUGUUUUACCAAAACCAUAAUUAUUCAAUCUGUAUUUUUCUGUUCCACCGGUGUAAAAACUGAACAUUAGAUUGUUUUACUGGAAAGCCAUAUUAUAAAUUUUGACUCAUGCCUGGCAAAUACUAUUCCAAGACCUCAUGACGUUUCGGGUCUCAAUAAAAGUAAAAAAUCAAACAUUGGAAUUAAUAUUGAAUUUUAAACAUCAA